GAAGUGAUGUUUGUCUCCUGAUGUUUUUCCCAGCAUGCCCUGUCUGAAAAGGCAUGUGUGAAGAUGUUUGACCCGAAGACGACCUGUAACCAGGAGUGUCUCAUCACCACCUUCCAGGAGGUUUACUUCGUGUCGGAGAGCUUCGAGGAGGCCAAGGAGAAGAUGAGAGAGUUUGCAAAGACAAUAAAGCGCCCGUUCUCUGUGUACUACAACCCGUACACUCAGAGCGUCGACCUGCUCAAAGACACCCGCAGCAUCGAGGACGUGGUGCAGGACCUGCGCAGCGACCUCACCACCGUCUGCGACGCCUUGGAGAAGAUGAACACCUACAUGGGCAUCUGAAGCUGGGGAUGCACCACCAAGCUUCUGCAGAACAUCAGCCGCCAUCACGCAUCCAUCUACGCCUCUGAGUCCAAUGUAGCAACCACAGGAAGUUAUCAGCUCUCAUACCGGCUCAUAGUCUGUAUCACAGCACUACGAAUCCAUCAAUGACGACUUACUGAUCAGCUCAAAGGUUACCGAGACCCUGCCCAAGCAGCUGCAGGUGUUUCCUCAUGAAGGCAGAUCCAGGACGAGGCCCGCUCCCUGUAAGGCUCCCCACGCCGAUCCAAAGCUGCGUUCACACGAACCACAGAGCAAAGUUUCACCUCGCUGCGUGCAGCAUUCACGUCCCCCCGUCGCUCCAUUUGACCACCUGCAAAGAGUCAAAGGCCUGUUUUUGGCACUUUCAAACCAUUUAAGUUCAUCUGAAUCCCGUCUCGUUCGCUGCAUUUCCGGCUGAACCGCUGCAAAGCAUGGCAGCGGUUAGCUCAAUACGAUCAACUCAUCAGAGCAGCAGGUCAUGAGUAAGAAGGAUGUCCAAUAAGACCCUCGCACGUUGACUCACCUCUUUCAAAACCCCCUUCAGCCGACCCGCAGUCCAUUGUAAAAAUUAACUUUCUGUAAUUUUUCACCUCAAAGACCUGUUUCUCCUUUACGUUGGCGCCAAACUGCACAGGCUACCAUGGCACUUACUCAGCUGUGUGAUGGAUCCACAGUUCAGCUCAAAGUGAACAAGAAGAGAAAUCGUGCGACUCCCGCCUCAUUCACACUGCGAUUCCUCUGGCGUCCGUCUGAGCUCUCGCCAUACUUCCUGUCAGCAGGAUCGAGUGAAUACAUUGUUUAUUGCAUCAAAGCGCAUUCGCCUCUCUUCGUGUUGCGUCGUUUUCGAUGUCAUGGCGUGAAAGCUUCCCUUCGUGUUUGGUGUGAACGCUCCAUCUGAAGGUCCUCCCCUCUGAUGAGCUUUGAGCAUCGAGGUCACGUGACUAUAGAGCAUCAAUGAGUCAUGUGAUCUGACUGAGGAGGGGAAGAGUUUGUGUGAUCUGUGGACUGAACAGGCGGCGCUCUCAGCCUUUGCUGACUGGCCGUGGCUGACUGAACUUCCUGUGCUGCUGUGUUGUUUCUGUACACACCUGUAAAUGAUGAACCAUUAAAGCUCCCGAGUGUC